AUGCUCUCGGUGCAGGAUGCUUCGCAGGUGAAAUCCAUCAACGAGUUCACCGACUCCUUGGCCAAGGCUUUGGCGGAAGGUGAUGGCACUCCAUCGAAGGAGUUGACCCGCGAGCUUCUCGCCGAUGGCCUGCGUCGUGCCUUGGAGAUUGGCGGUGAGGUCUGCAAGAAGCACUUCUUGGAGACCCUGGCUGCGAACAUUCACAAGUUUGCGCUGCAGGAUGGUGGGGGAAGCUUCUUUUUCUUUCUCUACCUGGUUCUGAGGAGGGAGUUCCGGAAGUGGGAGCAGUAUUCCCUGUCCCGCGUCUAUCCUGUCGAGAUCAGCUCCGAGUACCGAAACCUCCAGUCUUUCUUCAUCGAAGCCACGACGGAAGCGGACACUGAGGCGAUGUGGGAGCGAUGCGACAUGGAGGCUGCCUUCCCGGGCGGCGCCUCCAUCACGUCCGAGCCACCCGUGCUGUCAGAGCUGCGAAGGCGUCUGGCUGCGCUGCCCCAGAAGCCGGGGCUCACCGCCGAGGAGCUGGUCUACCGAUUUACCGAGGAGCAAACCUCCUCGGCACUCAAGGCCUGGAAUUUCGGUUGCCCCUCCGAUUCUCAAAUUGGAGGGAAGGCCAUCGACGCCCGGGCCCGCGCAGCGUUCUUUGCCGAGGUGCGGAUGAACCUAUUCAGGUUCUCGGACGGGGCGCAGAAGGAGCUUGUGGAGACCUUCACAGAACUCAAGGCCGAGGUGGUGAAGUUGGUGGACUCCACCACGCAGUCCGGCGUGGGCGGCCUGCUGAUCGGCCUGUCGGCUGCUUUGGCUUACGUGGGCGAUGGGAAGAUCACCGGGAUCAGUGGCAUCGUGGGACCCUUCUUGCGCGGUGUGGGGAAAUGUGAGCCGCUGAAGGACGGCCAGCUCUGGAAAGCUCUCUUUCUCGUGGGUCUGGUCGUCGGCGGCCUCGUGAACCUUGCCUUCAAUCGAGAGUUCUCGUACCCGCAGGCCUUGGACAUUCCGCUGGCGAGGUACUGCGUUGGGGGCAUCUUCGUUGGGAUCGGCACUCGAGCGGGUCGAGGUUGCACCUCCGGGCAUGGCAUCUGCGGUCUUCCUCGUUUGGCUCCUCGCAGCUGGAUUGCAGUACCUACAUUUAUGGGCAUCGCAGCACUGACGGUAGCCCUAACCAGACAUGUAGCCAAGCUGGAUGCCAGCGGUCCGUGGGGAGUAGCGGAGCUCCAGUGGCCUCCAAAGUGGGAGUUCCCAUUGGCAGCAGCCUUGUCCAGCCUGGUGCUUGCUGCGGGGGCAACGUGCUUGCCUUCCAAGACCAGGAGCUUUGUCUCGCCGCUGGCUUGCGGGAUCAUCUUCGGCUUGGGCCUUGGCGUCUCCGGCAUGACAAGUCAAGCAAAGGUCUUAAACUUCCUGGACUUCGCGGGGACUUGGGAUCCGAGCCUGGCCUUUGUGAUGGGCCUGGGGCUUUGCGUCUCCUUCCCUGCUUUCCUGAUGGCAGAGAGGGAGGGAAGGAAACCUCUUUGCGGCGAGGACUGCAGCUUUGAACGGCCGAAGAAAUCCGGGGACUACGGCUCAUUGGUGUUGGGCGCCACGUUCUUCGGCCUCGGAUGGGGAAUGGUUGGCAUUUGCCCGGGACCUGCGCUGGCGGGCAUGAUUCCGUACCUCGUGGGAGGGUGGGGCCCCGGCCUCUCUUUCGGUCUCUGCGUGCUUCUGAUCUUGAUGUCCUGGCUGGUGACGGACCGCACAAUUAGAGCAGGUUGCAGUGGCCUGGCGCAAUCAGGCGAAGCAGGUACGGUGGUUGCUUGGAAGACUGCGGACUAUGGCUUUGUGAAGCGUGAGGGCCGUCAUAACGAUGAUAUCCAGCUCCACGUUGCCAACGCCAAGGGUGAGCGGUUCAAGAACUACAUCCGGCGCAACGGCGUCGCGCCCGGCGUGCGGGUGAAGUUCGACGUCGACUUCGAGGAAAACAGAGGCAGGCCCUACGCCGCGAACUGGGAGCUGGUGGACCCACCCAAGUUCUCGGAGAGUCCCAGCCGCAGUGGGGGCCGCCGGAAGUCGCCCAGUGUGCGAAGGAGAAGAUCUCCAAGCGCGAGGAAGAGGAGGUCGCCGAGUGUGAAGAGGCGAGGUUCUCCCAGCAUAAAGAGUCGUGCAACUUCUGGGUCCAGAGUAGCAGUCUUCCUCAGCUUCCAAGGGCAAAAGCGUUUUGUGAGAGGGACCUGCGGUCCCGAAGCAGAAGCGAGCGGAGGCGGCGGAGUCGCAGCAACUCGGGUCGACGAGGCAGAGACCGGCAGAAAGGAGGAAGGCAAGGACAAAGCAGACAAAGCAGACGAGAGCAGGAAGGCGACCCUCUUGGAACAGGCCAAGACGCUGUUCCAGGCACUGCAGAGCCCGCCCUUUCAAGCGACGUUUCGCCACCUGACUGGCGGGGCAAAGCGUGCCAAAGAGGCCUUCUUGCUGCAAGCCGGGCUUUGCCUCAAAAGGGGCAGCCAGAACAAUUAUUGGGACCAGCCGGAACUCAGCGAGCUUGCGGGAAAGCUGCGUCGGUCGUUCUUCUAUGUCGAGGGCUAUGGCGAGCUGAUGGACGACUGGAUUCAGAACCGGGUCAAGCAGCUGAACGAGGACUUCCUCCAGCGUGCCAUCACCAUGCUUGGCACCAGCCUGCCGGCUGUGCUGACGCGCUUGCGGCAGAUCUUCAGGCCUGGGCGCUGGAUUUUCCUCUGCGAUCCGAGGUUGGAGAGUGACUUGGUCAAGCUGUUCCACGAGGACACGUUCCCACCGCAUGUGCUGUCCCGAGCUACCAUCACUCAAGUGCUGGAACGAGUGCCUGCGCUGGGUGGUGACGAUUUCCACAUCUACAACGACAUCGUGCGGUCGCCACCGCUGCAGGCACCUCUCUCCAGUGGACCCAUGGACCUCAUCGAGUCUUCGCUGAUGGAGGUGCUGCGUCGACUACCUGGCUUCCCGCCCCUCGCGCGGAUCCCUCCGGGACCUGGUCGUUAUGGCUUUGGCCGUGUGGAGGUGCUCUUCCAGCUGGCCGGCACAGAGCUGAUGGCGCGGGUGCUCCAUUCUCCGUUUGCAGGCGCAGACGUCCUCAGGGCCAUGGACUUCUUUGUGCUUUUCGGCCCACAAGAGUUCCCCAACGCCGCGGUCGAAGCAGUUCGGAGCUCUGAGGCCAUGCACCUGUGUCCCAGCACAGGCAUCCAGGAUAUUGGAGCACCUCUGUCCAGUCCGGGGCUCGUGCGGCCGCCCAUGAGCUUCGGUGUGGCACCGCCGGUCCAACUCCAAGGCUUGCAAGGCCCAGCAGUCGCGACGGGACCAGCAUCGGUGCCCUUUCCGGGACCGCCGGCGCCUGUACCGCCCGGAGUGAUGUCCGCGCUGCCUGGGCUUGGCUGCUUUGGGUUAUUUGACGUUCAUGGUCCACAGCCAGCAACUGUCCUGAUGGCAAAAGCUAAAGGAAUCGCGAUUCGCAGAGAUGACACGAGAAGGAUGGAGGAGGAGGCGAAGCAGAUGGAGGCAAAGCUGGAGCUGCUGAGGCGCACAAUGGAUGUUCCUGCCUCAGGACUCGGACUGGCGCAGUAA